GACAAAUGGAAGUGAAUUUGGUUAUAAAUACAGCUGAUGUAGAUUUCCAUCUGUCCGUCGCCGUUGUCUCUGAUAGCGAUUUUCUAAUCGGAACUAGAAAAACCCGACUCGGGUCCGAGAAGAAUCGGGAUUUCAGUUCACACAGAAAAUCACAGCGGGAGGCAUUGCGAUUUCGCGGAAAACGGCAUUUCGCGGGAGUGAGUUGAAGGAAUACGGCCAGCAUUGAAUGAGGCCCACCUGAUCUCUUUGUUGAUCACAAUGGAGUUAUCUUCCCUCAUCUACCACAUCCAGAGGCCAUGUUCGACUAUGUGGUUUUGCCUUUUGCUAUUGCUAGUUCUAAAGGAUUCCAGAGGAACGGUCUCGGAUUCCCCGUAUUUGAUUGGGCUUGGGAGCUAUGACAUUACAGGACCAGCAGCGGAUGUCAAUAUGAUGGGAUAUGCUAAUAGCGGACAGACUGCUUCUGGAGUUCACUUUAGGCUCCGGGCCCGCGCAUUUAUUGUUGCAGAGCCUCAAGGGCACCGUGUAGCAUUUGUGAAUCUCGACGCUUGCAUGGCCUCACAGCUUGUCACAAUUAAAGUGCUAGAAAGACUGAAGGCGAGGUAUGGAGAGCUGUAUACUGAACAAAAUGUGGCUAUUAGCGGCAUUCACACUCAUGCAGGACCUGGCGGUUACCUUCAAUAUGUAGUAUAUAUUGUAACAUCUCUUGGAUUUGUUCGUCAGUCAUUCGAUGUUAUUGUCGAUGGCAUUGAGAAAACUAUUGUACAAGCUCAUGAAAAUCUCCGCCCUGGAUCGAUCUUUGUGAAUAACGGUGAGAUCUUAGAUGCUGGUGUAAACCGGAGUCCAAGUGCUUAUCUCAAUAAUCCUUCGGAAGAACGGAACCAGUAUAAGUAUGAUGUCGAUAAAGAAAUGACUCUCUUGAAGUUUGUUGAUAAGGAGUGGGGCCCGGUAGGGAGUUUCAGCUGGUUCGCAACUCAUGGGACUUCCAUGAGUCGUACAAAUUCAUUGAUAAGUGGUGAUAACAAAGGAGCGGCUGCACGCUUUAUGGAGGACUGGUCUAAACAGAAUGGUUUUACGGAAGGUGUCAAAAGCAUGUUCCCAGAUGCAUUUGGAACUGGUCUUAGCGAACCAAAUAGACUUCCCCGAAGAGUCUCAACAAUCAUUCCUCAUCCACACGAAAACCACAAUGAGUUGGUGGAGCUUGCAGCCUCCUUUCCGGCUUCUGGCGGGAUGCCAGUUAUGAGGUCUGUAAGUGUCAGAAGGCGUGUCCGGCGUGUCCUCCAGCAGCGUAGCAGGCCAAGAUUUGUGUCUGCAUUUUGCCAAUCAAAUUGUGGAGAUGUUAGCCCGAAUGUGCUCGGAGCCUUCUGCAUAGACACUGGCCUACCUUGUGAUUUCAAUCACAGUACCUGCAACGGAAAAAAUGAACAGUGCUAUGGCCGUGGCCCAGGAUACCCAGAUGAAUUUGAGAGUACUCGCAUCAUCGGAGAUAGGCAAUUUAAGAAAGCAGUGGACCUAUUCAACAAAGCAACUGAGCAGUUAAAAGGGAAGGUGGAUUACCGUCAUAGUUAUCUGGACUUCACGAAUCUUGAGGUUAUGAUUCCUUCGAAUGGUGGAGGCAGUGUGGUAGUCAAAACCUGCCCUGCUGCCAUGGGAUUUGCUUUUGCUGCAGGAACGACUGACGGUCCGGGAGCUUUCGAUUUCAAGCAAGGAGAUAACACGGGUAAUCCUUUCUGGAAAUUGGUGCGGAAUGUACUAAAAACACCAGAUAAGAAACAAGUUGACUGUCAAAGUCCAAAGCCAAUCUUACUUGAUACUGGCGAAAUAAAAACUCCAUACGACUGGGCGCCUUCAAUACUGCCAAUUCAAAUACUCCGGAUAGGGCAACUGGUUAUUCUCAGUGUACCUGGAGAAUUCACCACAAUGGCUGGGAGGCGUCUCCGGAAUGCCAUGAAAGCAGUGCUAACUAGUGCGGGUCAUGGACAGUUUGGCAGCAAUGUUCAUGUUGUUAUCGCUGGAUUGACGAACACAUACUCACAGUAUGUGACGACAUUCGAAGAGUACCAGAUCCAAAGAUAUGAGGGGGCCUCAACGCUCUACGGGCCCCACACGCUCAGUGCCUACAUUCAGGAGUUCAAGAAGCUCGCAACUGCUCUGAGCAGUGGCCAGACCGUCGCACCGGGCCCACUGCCCCCAGAUCUCUUAUCCAAGCAGAUCAGCUUACUCCCACCAGUUGUCGUCGACUCAACGCCCAUCGGUGUCAAAUUCGGCCACGUUAGGACCGACGUUCCCCAGAACUCUACAUUCAAGAGGGGUGAUAUGGUGACAGUUGUUUUCUGGUCUGCUUGUCCGAGAAAUGAUCUCUUGACUGAAGGAACGUUCUCCCUUGUGGAAAAUCUACAAGGUAGCCAGACGUGGGUCCCAGCUUAUGACGAUGAUGAUUGGUCCCUUCGUUUCAAGUGGUCGAGGCCGUCGAAUCUCAGUCCUCAGAGUCAUGCAACUAUAGAGUGGAGAAUCCCCUCAACAGCUGUUUCGGGUGUGUAUCGAAUAAGGCAUUUCGGUGCUUCAAAGAGUUUAUUGGGGACGAUUAGACAUUUCACUGGUACAUCUGGCGCAUUCGUUGUGAUCUAGUGGGCCACACAAGUAUGUCUAAUGAAAUAUAAUUAUUAAGAUAUCUGUUUCAACUGUUGUA